GGAACGCGUGCGCAAACCGCUCCGGCGUGACACGCGCGUGCUGGUGAAGGAGGAAGUGUCCGGUGCGGUAUCACACCGGAGAGAGAGAGAGAGAGAGAGAGAGGGGACUUUAAUUAAAACGGUGAGACGGUGAGAAUAAUCAGACCCUGAAACAUGUCGUGGCUUUUCGGUCUGAAUAAAGGACAAGGCGGCGGCGCGAGCCCGGAUGUUCCGGUACCGCCUCCGCCUCCUCCUCCGCCGGCCGCGGGUUCAGGGGGAAGCGGCGGAGACAAACCCAAGGACAAAUGGAGCAACUUCGACCCCACCGGGCUGGAGAGAGCGGCGCAGGCCGCCAAGGAGCUCGACCGGUCCCGCCAUGCGAAAGAGGCGCUGGAGCUGGCGCGCAUGCAGGAGCAGACGGUGCAGAUCGAACAUCAGAGCAAGAUAAAGGAGUACGAAGCAGCAGUGGAGCAGCUGAAGGGGGAUCAGAUCCGUAUUCAGGCGGAGGAAAGGAGGAAAACUCUGAGUGAAGAAACCAAACAGAAUCAAGCGAGAGCUCAAUACCAGGACAAACUGGCUCGACAACGCUAUGAGGACCAGCUCCGACAACAGCAAGCAAUAAAUGAGGAGAACCUGCGCAGACAGGAGGAGUCUGUACAGAAACAGGAGGCCAUGAGGAAAGCCACCAUCGAGCACGAGAUGGAGUUGAGGCAUAAGAAUGAGAUGCUGCGGAUCGAGGCUGAGGCUAAAGCUCGCGGCCGGGUGGAGAGAGAGAACGCUGACAUCAUCAGAGAACAGAUCCGCCUUAAAGCAGCUGAACACAGACAGACUGUACUGGACAGUAUACGAACUGCCGGUGCUGUGUUUGGGGAAGGUUUCAGGGCUUUUAUCUCCGACUGGGACAAAGUGACCGCUACGGUGGCAGGACUCACUCUGCUGGCUGUGGGUGUUUACUCGGCGAGAAACGCUACAGCAGUGGCAGGGAGAUACAUCGAGGCUCGGCUCGGGAAACCGUCUCUGGUGAGGGAGACGUCACGCAUCACGGUGACGGAGGCUAUCAAACACCCCGUCAAGACCACCAGGAGGUUGACGAGUAAGCCUCAGGAUGCUCUGGAAGGAGUUGUGCUCAGUCCGCCGCUGGAGGAACGUGUCCGUGACAUCGCCAUAGCGACUCGGAACACCCGCCAGAACCGAGGUCUCUACAGGAACAUCCUGAUGUACGGACCUCCUGGGACGGGGAAAACACUCUUCGCCAAGAAAUUGGCAGUGCAUUCUGGGAUGGACUACGCCAUUAUGACAGGGGGAGACGUGGCCCCCAUGGGGCGGGAAGGUGUAACUGCCAUGCACAAAGUGUUCGACUGGGCCAGCACCAGCCGCCGAGGCCUGCUGCUGUUUGUGGACGAAGCCGACGCUUUCCUGCGCAAGAGAUCCACCGAGAAGAUCAGUGAGGACCUGCGAGCCACGCUGAACGCCUUCCUGUACCGAACUGGAGAGCAGAGCAACAAGUUUAUGCUGGUUUUGGCCAGUAACCAGCCCGAGCAGUUUGACUGGGCCAUUAACGACCGUAUCGAUGAGAUUGUAAACUUCGCUCUUCCCGGCCCUGAGGAGAGAGAGAGACUCGUCCGGCUUUACUUUGACAGAUAUGUCCUGGAGCCGGCCACCGGGGGGAGACAGCGGCUGAAACUGGCGCAGUUCGACUACGGAAAGAAGUGUUCAGAGAUCGCCAAGCGCACAGAGGGCAUGUCAGGUCGAGAGAUUUCCAAACUGGGCGUGGCCUGGCAGGCUGCUGCGUACUCCUCCGAGGACGGCGUUCUGACCGAGGCCAUGAUCGACGCCCGUGUGGACGACGCUGUCCGACAGCACAUGCAGAAGAUGGACUGGCUGCACGGGGACGGCGUUCUGGAUAACGAGGGCCGCGUCGCCCCUGCAGAUCACCAGGGGGGCAAAGGCGGCAAAACCGGCUUCAUCCUGCCUCAGGGUUCGCCGCCGCAGGCACAAGAGGUUCUGUGUCCCUUAAAGGAGGGUCUGGACUCUACCAUUCCACCACCAGAGAAGGGGGGGUAGCAGUGCUGCAGACAAAGGGUCUGUUCCAUUGGAAGGGGACGGGGGAGUUAAACACACAGAAAAGAAGGACGUCCCACCAAAAGACGGCACACCGGUAUAAGUUUCAUCGAGAGCUGAUCCUGGGUCAGAUUCACUGAGUCUUGAUAUGAAAGCUAGAUCCCCUGCUGACGCACAGAGGGAUAACGUUCAGCAUUUCCGUUUAGUUAGGAGACAAAGCUCAGAGCAUCUCUACGAAUAUUUGUUAAAAAAAAAUAAUAAAUCGGUGUUACCCUG